UAGAGGACGGUGCUGUGCUUCUUGGCAAGAGCGUCAAUAUAUGUGACUUCUAUCUGUGUUUCCCCUUGCCCAGGCUGAAAUGCCUUUGGAACCUUCCUGAUUUUUGACAUGGCAAAACAAGGCUUGUCGUCUGCAGAAAUGUCACAUGAUAUCACACCAAAGUGGAGGUGGAAGAGAUUUUUUUCGCAAGAAAUAACUGAACCCUCAGAUUUCAAUGGAAGGUCAAGAAAUUCAACAGAGGAUGGAACUGGGCGCCUCCAGGAGCCACUCAAACCAAUCAGCACCGAUGUAGGCCUGUUAAAGAUGCACUGGAACCCAGAGCAUGCCCAGCCCCUAAGCCAGUGGCCUGAGCAGCACCUGGAUGUCUCCUCCACCACCUCCUCUCCGGCCCAUAAGUCAGAGUUCUACCCUGGCCGAGGCCGCAGCGGCUACAACUACGCCUGGGCCAAUGAUGACAUCUCUGCUAUGACGGCCUCAAACCUGUUGAAGCGCUACGCUGAGAAGUAUUCUGGCGUCCUGGACUCACACUAUGACAGGCCCCCUACUGUGGGUGCCUACCCAGAGCCGGGGGCCUUUGGGGGCCUCAGUGCCCCAAAGACAGAACUAGAGCCAUGGCCGCUGACGCACGGCACUGAUGCCUCUUAUUCCCUGGGGCCCCCAGGAAGCCAUGAAAGCCUCUCAGGCUCCAAGGCUGUAGCCACGCCUGCAGGCCCACCCGGGGUCGGCACUGUGUCAGUGGUGAACAGUAACCUCUCAGACUCGGGCUACAGCGGCAGCAGCUCCUGCAGUGGCUCCAGCGAGUACCCUUCCAGCUACAACGGCACCUAUCUUUCCUCAGGGUACUGUCCCCAACCCGGUGCAGCACUUCCCCCUGCCUCCCUUCACACUCUUCAAUCCACCCCCACCCUAGUGGCCAGCUAUAGCCCUACCACACCUGUCUAUAACUAUCCCCCUAGUUCAUACCCUCCCCAGACCAGCCUUGCCCCCAGCUACAGUCACCCUUCUACAACUUUCCUGCCCUCAGGUUUAGCAGCUCCUACUCCGGUCCCCUCAAGGCCCACAGUUGUAGGAGGCAGCUACAGUUACCAGAGCACCAACCUCGGGACACCUGAGCCGGGGGGUACGUUAAAAAGAAAAGCAUUUGAGAUGAGUGUAGACGAGGAUGAGAGUGGGGAUGGGUCUCGUUACAGGAAAUACAGCUAUGACCCCCUGAAAGCCGGGGGGGACUCACCCUACAGUGUGAAUGACAAAACAGAAUGUCGAGGAAACGGGUUUAGCAGCUCAGGCAGCACAGACCCUCAAACUUUCAAGCCUACUAAGCCCUCCUCCCAGCCACUGGUCUCUCCUCACUACGGGACAGCAGGGGAGUUCAGCCCGCAAGCAGGCAUGACGGGGGAGAACAUAGUGUCAGAGCAGGGCUUCAUCCAGCAGCAGCAACAACACCACUCCCACAAGCGCCCUUCGUUAUGUGCUCCGACUGUGGAGACUAUGAAGAGCCCAGACCCCAGACUGUUGGACCUUGUCAAUGGAGAGUUACUGGACUGUAGCCCUGCACUGGGCUGGGGUGAGCUUGCCGGGCUCACCCAUGUAAAGACGGCCCUAGAGGAGGACCUCCUGUGGCCCGUGUUAAGGCCCAGUCCAGUUGUGCGGCCACCAAGAACCGUCCUGCUUUUUGGUCCGAGGGGAGGGGGUAAGACCACAUUGACUCGUUCUUUGGCUUCGCAGCUGGGAGCUUCAUUCUACCCAUUGAGUGGAGCCAUGCUGGCCUCUAAAGGGAAGGUGGAGGCAGAGCACAUUCUGGGGUCUCUUUUGCAAGCUGCAGGAGCACGACAGCCCUCGGUGGUGCUGCUCAGUCAGGUGGAGGUGAUGGAAGAGGAGGGGCUGAGGCAGACCCUGCUGGCGACUCUGGAGAAAGCCCAGGUGGGGUCCACAGGUCUGGUCAUUCUUGUUUGUGCUACUGGCAGGCCAGAUCUGCUGCAAGAUGCAGUUCAUCGGAGCUUUGCCAAGCGGUAUCAUGUGGGCCUACCAGAUGUGGGUAUGCGCCGGCAAGUGUUGUUGCAGGCGCUUGCGCCUCAAGGCUGCAGCUUGAGCGAGAGGGAGCUGGGCGCUGUGCUGCAGCGCACAGAGGGCUUCUCAGUGCGGGAGCUGCUUCAGCUCAGCCAGCAGGCACUCUCCUCAGCGUCUUCUCCCACUGGGGCCAUGCACGGCCUCCCUGCAUCAUCCAAACCUCCAGCCUUCACGGACUUUGAGAAUGCCUUCUGCAAGGUGCGCCCACACACAGGCACAAAAGAACUGGACACUUGUACAGAAUGGAGUAAGAUGUAUAACCACUGAGAAAGUAGCCGGCCGCUGUAGUCGGACUGCUUCAUGAGCCUGUCUUUGCUUUGACAUGGCAGGCCUUGGGAAUGUGUUUUGUAAUUACAGAUUAUGCAGCCAAAAGAGCCAGAGAAGCUAACUCGUACUGAUGGAUUUUUUUUCACUGGCAGAAGCAUGCCAUGGUGUGCUUUCUUUCCCUAUGAAUAUCCGCAAUAUUUAGUUUUUCCCAAAGAAGAGAAGAUGAAAGGCCUUGUUGAGUAGGGUAGUGUAUCAGUCUUUUGGCCAAUGGGAAAAUCAGCUUAAAUUCUAUUUGGAUGCUCUCUGAGAUCCUGAUUAGCCUUGGUCCGGGACAAAAUCAAUUGUUUGUUGCUAGGUGACGUGGUCCAAGAUUAUGGAUAAUCAGGGUUUGGAAAUCCCCCUUUGACUGCUACUCUCAGGAUCCUAUUUAUUGCCAAUCUACUUCCAUGUUAUCUUAAUGUUGACUUAGUCAUAGGAUUGUCACUAAUUCAGUACGAAGGGCUUGGGAUCAGCAACAUUUCAGUACCACAGAUUUUUUUUCCACUGAAAUCACAUCUAACCAAAUGGAAAUUCUUCUGUUAUUGUACUUCUUAAAACAGAAACGAUUUAAAGUAUCUGUCUUUAUAGCUUCUCACCAAAUCUAAACAGUUCGUCCUUAUUAUUCCCAAAAAUAAAAACAAAGUCAGAGGACUUUUCUGAAAUCCAAACAUGCUGCUGAUAUUCCAGGAAAUCCAUUGUUAAAGGAAAUCUUUUAGUAGAGCUCAAAAUGUUAUAAAAAAUACUUCACUUAUAUUUUCAUUAGAGCUUUACGAACACUUAAAACGGUACAACUUGGAGACAACUUUGUAUCAUUUUUGGGUUGUUAUCUGUGACAUCAAUUUACUUUUUUUCCCGUCUCACAUUCCUGAUCGUCUGCAGUUUUCCUGAGAAUCCCACUCACCCAACAGAAGGUACCUUCUGGCACCCUCAGCUUCUCCUACAGUCUGUUUUUAUUUCACUUACUUGUUUUGUUUUCCUAGUAUGUAGUCUUGUUUGAAAAGCUCAGGAAAAAAAUUUGUUACCUCAGAAAAAUGAAAUUAAAGAAUGUAUGUAAUCUUAGGGUCUUAGUAGAGAGCAGCGCGGUGCAAGAGAAAGGAGCGAGGAGAAACCUGACAGUCUUGUAACACCCACUACAGCUGGGCUUUUACCUCGGGAGAGAAACUUGAAUAUGCUACAAAGAGUAACAUUGAAUGUAAUUCAGGUAUUUCAAAGGAUAUUUGAUGCCAUAAAUCCAUGUAUUAUUAUAUAUGAAUAUAUAAAUGUUUUCUUUUCUGUUCUUUUACCCUUUAUUUCUAUUGUAGUUUAUGGUGGAGUGAUGAUUGUCUUCGAGAAAUGCUAUAUAGAAACUGAAAAUAUUCCUUUUUUUGUUGGACAAACUGCUGGCAUACAUGUAUGUCAUUUGGUGUUUACAUAUCCUGUUUAUGUAUGUCUUUAAAAACAACUUCCAAAAAUAUGUUUUGCACACAAUCAUUCAUUUGAAUUCAUGGUGACAUUUGAGCACAAAGCAAAAUCCCAGAUGAAUCAAAGAGUGGGAAAAACAAGUGGUUAGAUGCAUCUUUUAGUAAAUCCCAAAGUGUAAGAAUUUAGUUUUUGUGUACAUAUUGUGGUUAAACCCAACAUGUAGACUAUCUAAACUUAAUCUCUCCUCUGGACCCGUCCUACAGUUCUGUUUUAACAAGCUGGAAAAACCUGCUCACUGGACUGCAGGUACAGAGGUCGUACAUAUUACACUGACUGUUGCCAUGGUCCUGAGGAGGAAUACACAGAAUGAUGUAAUAUUUCCUCCCUCCCCUCUCCUCCCUCCCU